UUAACUGUUCCUGCUCUGGUGGAAGUUUGGGGAUGUGUGACUAGCGCCGUUAGAUAACAGUGAAAUUCUUCACUUAGGCUUAGCAGGGAGGGAAUCUGGAGACCGCAGUUUGUGUCACAGGACUUGAGUGGGUUUUUAGAGACAAUUCAGAAAGAUGGGGAACCGCGUCGCUCGCGAAGAUUACGAAUGGGUGUACACUGACCAGCCACACGCUGAUCGGAGGAAAGAAAUUUUGGCAAAAUACCCAGAAAUAAAGUCCCUAAUGGGGCCUGACCCGAGGUUGAAAUGGAUUGUCUGUAUGAUGGUUGCAGUGCAGUUCCUAGCUUUUUACCUUGUUAAAGAUUUGGACUGGAAAUGGGUUCUGUUCUGGACAUAUGCCUUUGGAAGCUGCAUCAACCAUUCAAUGACGCUGGCUAUUCACGAAAUAUCUCACAACACUGCUUUUGGUAACAACCGGGCUAAGUGGAACCGAUGGUUCGCCAUUUUCGCCAACCUUCCGAUUGGCUUGCCCUAUUCAGCCUCCUUCAAACGCUAUCACCUAGACCACCAUCGCUAUCUGGGCGGGGACGGCGUGGACGUGGACAUCCCCACCAAUUUCGAAGGCUGGUUCUUCUGCACGCGCAUCCGCAAGUUCAUCUGGAUCAUUCUGCAGCCUCUGUUCUAUGCUGCCCGUCCUCUUUGCAUCAACCCUAAGCCCAUUACUCAGCUGGAGAUCAUCAACGUUGUCAUCCAGUUCUCUUUUAACAUCGUCCUCUACUGGCUGUGGGGUGCCAAGCCCGUGGUCUAUAUGAUGGCAGGAUCCAUGUUGGGAAUGGGGCUUCAUCCCAUUUCAGGACAUUUUAUCGCCGAGCAUUACAUGUUCCUUAAAGGCCAUGAAACAUACUCCUACUAUGGCUCCUUAAACCUGCUAACGUUCAACGUGGGCUACCACAACGAGCACCAUGACUUCCCCAGCAUCCCUGGACGGAGGCUGCCUCUGGUGAAGAAGAUAGCUGCCGAGUACUAUGAUGAUCUGCCCUGUUACACGUCGUGGGUGAAGGUGCUGUAUGACUUCAUCAUGGACGACGAACUGAGCCCUUACUCUCGUGUGAAGAGGAAGAUAAAGGGAGACAUUAAACUUGAGUGAACCUCCUCCACAUGUCCUCUCCUGCUCAUUCCCUGCAGUCCAGUCCUGCCUUGCGUGAAUUUUCAGCGACCAAGUUGGAAAGCAGCUUUGCCCACCAUACCACACUCUUAACAAUAAGCUUACCACAAAAGUCAUACACUUGUGCUUAGGCAGGGGUGGGCAAAUCCGGUCCUGGAGGGCCAUGGUCCUGCUGUUUUUCUUGUCAACCAACUAAAUACA